GUUCAAAAACUGGUUGAUGAGGAACCGCAUGUUACAGUAACCGAGAUGGUUCAUGAUUUGGUUGCAAAGUUCGAGGAUAUUUCUUUGUGCAAGACCCAGGUCUACUACCAUACGAAGACGACCUGUAAUCUUGCGGUUAGCAUUGCACGCUUCGAAUCCGAAAAGAGGAAUAGUUUGGAAGACCUCGAAGAACGGUACAAAUGGUUUAUGGGUUGGAAAGGUUCUGAUAUAGACUUCACCAAAAAUUGCGUCUUUAUAGACGAGAGCGGUUUCCAUACCAAUACAGUACCAGAAUGA